AAACAUCGUUUAUUAUAUUAUAAAAUGUAAUGGGCGAUAUCCACUUAUCCGUGUAGUAUAUAGUAACUAUUCAUAUAUGAAAAUGUAUUAUAAUUAUUGAACUGAAACUUCGUAGUAAUAUACGCUGAAAAGUGAUUUAACAUUUACAUUGCUACAAUAUUCUAUUAAAAAUGGCUUGGACAAAAUAUCAAAUUUUAUUAGCAACGACUCUUGUAAUUACCGGUUCCAUAAAUACCUUAAGUACAAAGUGGGCUGACAAUUUACACUCGAAUGGCUCUGAUGGUGUUUCUCGUGAAUUUGAUCAUCCCUUUGUUCAAGCUUGUGCAAUGUUUCUGGGUGAAAUGUUAUGUCUAUUUGUCUUUAAAAUAAUCUAUUAUAUUCUCGAUAGAAGACAGGAUGGUUCUGUUGAUACAAAUGAGUUUGUUAAGGGAAAUAGGAAUUUCAGCCCCUUAAUAUUAUUUAUUCCUGCAAUGUGUGACAUGAUUGCUACUUCUACAAUGUAUGUUGGACUGAAUUUGACAUAUGCUUCUAGUUUUCAGAUGUUCAGAGGAUCAGUUAUUAUAUUUGUUUCCAUAUUAAGUGUGGCAUUCUUGAAUCGUGUUUUAAAAAUAAGAGAGUGGAUUGGUAUUUGGCUUGUGAUAAUGGGGUUGACAGUUGUUGGAGCAACAGACUUUUUCUUCACAAACACAUCAACUUAUAGUAAAAAUGCAGUUCUAACUGGUGAUCUAUUGAUUAUUACUGCACAAAUUAUUACAGCAAUUCAAAUGGUAUAUGAAGAAAAGUUUGUUAAAGAUUUAGAUAUUCCAGCUUUGCAAGCAGUUGGCUGGGAGGGCUUUUUUGGAUUUAUGGUUUUAGUGUUAUUACAAAUUCCUUUUUAUUUUAUCAAAGUUGGAUCUCCAUUUAAUAAUAAUGCACAUGGAACAUUGGAAGAUUUGCCAGAUGCCUUCGUUCAAAUUGCCAACAAUUAUCAACUAUUGAUUGCGGUGCUAGGAAUGAUAGUUUCCAUUGCGUUCUUCAAUUUUGCAGGAAUAAGUGUAACAAAGGAACUUUCAGCUACAACACGUAUGGUUUUAGAUUCAGUAAGAACUGUUGUUAUUUGGGUUGUAGCAUUGGCAGUUAAGUGGCAACUGUUUUAUUGGCCUCAGAUUAUUGGCUUUUCCUGUUUGAUAUUUGGUAUGUGUUUGUAUAACAAUAUUUUUAUUCUUCAAUCAUAUUAUUAUAUUCGUGAUGUAUGCAGAAAUAGUCGUUACGGUAAAUUGCAAAGUCAGGAUGUAACAAAUGUUGCAGCUGACAAUCCUGAUGUUGCAUAA